UGGCGGCCUCUUCAUUUUGGGUGUCAGCUAGUUCCGCGCAACCCUCAGAAGCUCCGCCCAGAGAGAGUGCUGGGUCUUCCUCUUCCGCUCCUAAUGUGGCCACGCCCCAGUCCCGACACCUGUGAAGUCAUUUGGAUUUACCAGUCCUGCGCGACCGGAAGUUGGUUGUGGAGGGCCGUAACUGCGGUCCCGGUUUAAGAAGGCUUUCGCGAUGCCUUCGUCCCGAGUAGUCAGUCAGCUUCUGGAACUAUGUCUUCGGUGCCUAAUAAUCAAUAUUUCCAGAUAUAUAUCAAAUAUUAAGUAUUUGCCUCCCAACAUUAAAGAUAGACUGAUUAAAAUAAUGAGCAUGCGGGGUCGGAUAACAGAUUCCAAUAUAAGUGAGGUGUUGCAUCCUGAAGUUCAAAGACUAGAUCUGAGGAGCUGUGAUAUCUCAGAUGUAGCUCUCCAGCACAUGUGUAAGUGCAGAAAACUGAAGGCACUAAAUCUAAAAUCCUGCAGAGAACAUAGAAAUAGCAUAACUUCAGAAGGAAUAAAAGCUGUGGCUUUAUCCUGUUCAGACCUUCAUGAAAUUUCUUUGAAAGGAUGUUGCAGUGUCACUGAUGAAGGAGUCCUUGCUCUUGCACUCAAUUGUCAGCUGCUGAAGAUCAUUGAUUUGGGUGGCUGCUUAAGUAUUACCGAUGUGUCCUUACAUGCAUUAGGAAAAAACUGCCCAUUUCUGCAGUGUGUUGAUUUUUCAACUACUCAGGUAUCUGACAAUGGUGUGGUUGCACUUGUUAGUGGACGUUGUGCCAAACAAUUAGAGGAAAUUAACAUGGGAUACUGUAUACAUCUGACUGAUAAGGCUGUAGAAGCCGCUCUGACUGCAUGUCCUCAGAUAUGCAUACUUCUUUUCCAUGGCUGCCCCCUGAUAACAGAUCAUUCACGAGAAGUCUUGGAACAAUUAAUAGGAUCAAGAAAACUAAAGCAAGUGACUUGGACUGUUUAUUGAUCUUUACCGAGGCUGAUCGCAGGACUUUGCCCAAGAUUUGCGCUAUAAAUACUUGCUUUUUACUUAAUUUAACACCAAUUUAUUAUUUUAUUGUCUUAGUUAAAGCUAUGACUCGCAGAGAAUCUGUUCAAUCUUAAUGUAAAUGUUUGUGCUUUAAUGUUAACAAGACUCAACAUUUUAACACUUCUAUUAUCCCAUAUUUAUUUGAGCCAUUUUUUUAAAUGGUGAUUCUGAUGUAAAUUCUACUUGAUGGAGACGGGGCUGGGUUUGUUUCUUUAAUAACAAAAGUUU